GACCGUUUUGCUUGCUUCCCGUCUCCUCCUUCCUUGCCGCCGGCACCAAACAGGCUCCGUACUACUCCUAGUCUGGACCAUCGUCUGCUCCCAGCCGCCGUCAUCCGCCGACUAGCAGACAGAACACCAGACGCCAUAUCCCCUGCGGCGCGCCGAACAAGACUCUAAAUAGCGCCCACCAACCAAUACCACGUGGGUUUCGAUGAGUUUUGAGUGUGGACGUAGCCGAGGACACAGCGACCAUGCCCAAGCGAAGGUCGAGAGGAGGAAGAGGCGAAUGGGGAGUGAGGGAAGUGGAGAAAGGAGCCGGGAAUGUGAAGGGGAGCAAAAAGAUGAAGCUAAGUGAGUCGCUGGCAGGCCUGGCAACCUCUGACCCAGAGUUCUACCAGUAUCUCCGUGACAACGACCACGAAUUGCUGGAGUUUCGUGACUCUGAGGAAGAAGAGGUGGAGAGGGAAGAGGAGGAAGAGAGUGGAGACGAAGAGCCGGGAGAAGGAGGAGGGGGAGGAGGGGGAGGGGAGGUGGAAGAAGUUCCCCUGAACAUUUCUAGCUGGAAACAGACCAAGGUCGAGGAAGACAGCAGUGGUGAAGAUGAGAAGGAGGAGAAGGAGAAGGAGGAGGGAGAGGGAGGAGGGAUUCCGGUGACAGCGGCAAUGGUGAAGAAUUGGGUCUCUGCUAUUACCGAGGAGCAUUCCCUGGCGGGGGUAAAACAGCUGUCAUUGGCUCUGCGGGCGGCGGUGAGGGGAGUGAGGGGAGGAGAAGAGGGAGGAGAGGUGUACCAUGUGUCUGGAACAUCAGAGUUCAAUGCGGUGGUGUUAGCAUGCCUUACCCAUGUGACUCCAUGUCUCAACCAUCAUAUUCCUCCACUUCCUUCGUCCAACACACCCAAAAAGAGACCGUUCCGCCCGUCGUCCCACAAGAUCUGGGGCAGAGUGCGGCCGGUUGCCGAGUCUCACUGUCUGGUUGUCUUGGAGCUAGUGAGAGGUCUGAAGGAGCCCUCAAUGGUCUGUGCCGUUCUCAGGUGAGUUUUGACAAAUUCCACACCUGAAAUAAGGACACCUCACUAAUAUGGACACUUUCUUCUGUCCCAUUGGUGUCUGGAUUAUUCAAGUGUCUGUCACUCCAUUUCCUCCAGACACAUCCAGUCUCUGGUGGCCUACUACGGCAGUGUGUCCAGACUCCACCGCUGCCUCUCGCGUUGUCUCCUCCAGCUGUGGGAGGGACAGGAGACGAGAGUACAGGUCCUGGCCUUCCUCGUCCUCAGGCAACUGACACUCCUCUCCCCCCACCUCUCCUCCCACCUCUCCCUCCACACCUCCCUCAAGAAGUUGUAUCUGACGUUUGUUCGCAACGCCAAGUUCACGUCUCUCUCCUCACUUCCUCGGAUUGCAUUCAUGAAGAACUGCGUCGUUGAGAUGAUAUCAUUGGACGUUGCCACAGGUUACCAGCACGGGUUCGUGUACAUCAGGCAGUUGGCUCUCCACCUGCGAGCGGCCACUACAUCCGGCAAGAAAGACACUCUUCAGGUUGUUCGUAGCUGGCAGUUUGUCCACAGUUUGGACUUAUGGUGUCAGGCCCUCUCCUCCCUCCACCCCUCCCCCUCCCUCUCCACUCUCCUCUACCCCCUCAUUGAGAUAUCGCUAGGAACACUGUCGCUCCAACCUUCCCCGCCGACUGUGCCCCUUCGUCUACACCUCGUUUCAUCCCUCUCUCGACUCGCAGCUGCAACUGAUACUUACAUACCUCUCGCCCCUUUCCUUCUUGAGAUACUGGAGUCAAACAGCAGUCAGAUGAAGCCAGGGAGUAGUGGGUCGUCGUCAGGGAAACCGCCAGAGCUGUCGUGUCUCCUCAGAGCCUCAGCCACUCAGCUGCAGAGCCGAGGAUACCAGACUGUUGUUCUGAUGCGAGCAUUUGAGCUGCUCCUACAAUUAUUGGCAUCUCAGUCACACUUGAUCGGCUUCCCCGAGCUUGCUUACCCAUCCGUUGUCAGGUUGCGCAAGAUAAUAAAGGCCACACCCAUUUCCUGGUUUCGACAACAGGCCAAACAACUGGUUGAAAAGGUCGAGGAGGUCAGUGGUGAAAUCAGCAAGGCACGCAGUCAUGUGACCUUUGCACCCAAGGACACUGUGGAAAUCGUGGAGUGGGAGAGAGAGAGGAAGGAGAAACAAGACUCUCUCAACCGUUUCCUAGCAACCUGGGAGAAGCUCCAUGCUGGCUCUGAGGCUCCGCCCACUGCCCCUCCCCCCAGACCAACCAAGACAGCGAGUAAGAAAAGACAGAAGACUCUGUCUGAGGAAAGAGGAGAGAGAAAGAAGAGAGGGGAGAAGAUGGAGGAGAGGGAGAGAGGAGUUGAGUCAACAAACAGUGAUGAAGAAGACAUUGUCGAGGAUUUUCAUUUUUCGUCUUCUGAUUCUGAUUCAGACUAAUUGUCCUCAGGAUGUUAUACUGUAGUGCACACAUUAUUCAUUGAACUGGUCGCACCGCCCCCCAGCAUGCGCUGGUCAGCACAGAGUCUCCUCAAAGAAAUAUUGCUAAUAGUUAUACAGAAACAGAAGAUGAAAAGGUCUUGGAGAUUCAAAGGGGUGUGGUCAAAUCAGAUGUUUCCUCUUCGCCUUCAUUUUCUCUCUUCGGCUGUUGAACGACUU